AUGGAGACGGUGGAUAAGUUGGUUAAACAAUUCCCUGUUCAUGGUGGCCUUUUGUCUUCUCUCUUCCUUUGUGUUAGGUUUCUUGCUUUGGCAAUGGGUUGUAGAAUGCUUGUGGUGACUACUGCUGUAAUUGCAUGUAUGUUACAGGCAAGUUUUGGUACUGAGUCUGGACUCUGGUCCUGUCCUCUGUUCCUUUGGGUCUGGAUUCUAAUGAGGAGCAUCAUUGGGAAGCAGUAUGCUUAUGGCAACAACUGCUUGCUUGUUUGCUACAGGCUUGUUUUUGGUGUGGUGCUCUCUUGUUGGAGCGUGGAAUGA